GUACCGCAAAAAAAAAAAAAAAAAAGACAUGGAGGUGAUCCAGCUUACCUGGGUAACACAAUUCUGGUGAUGGUUAAUGUUCAGCCAGGGCCGCUGACUCGUGGUCCAGGCCUUUGAUCACAAACCAUGCUGUGUGAAACCUCACGAAUGGGUGAGGUGUGCCCAUCUGGGAGUUCAGGUCUGAGGACCAGCCGGGGGCCAAAUCAGAAGGGUUUUCCUAAGCACGCUCUGACCCAGCCCUAGGUGCUGCUCUGUCUCCCUGCAAAGCCCUGCCCCUCUCCUGCCAGCCCUGCUCAGGGAAGCAAAAUGCUUGGGAUCUCAUCAAAACCCACUGUAAUGAUGGAGUAUUUGCUUCCUGAAAUUCUGAGGCCAACUCAAGCAAGCCCUGCUCCUCCAGGAAGCGUCCCAGAGGUACCAUGUCUGCAUUAGAGGCCUGUUAAACCACGUUCCUGAGCGGCAGGGCAGGCAGAUACUGAAGAGAUCAGUUGAGCAGGAGUUUCCAUACAAUAGGAUGUGUUAUCGUUCCCAAAUGGCCUGUGUUUAGUGAUCAGAUCAGACAGCUGCACUGGUAAGACCUGGGGUCGAUGAGGUCCAAUUGCAGCUCCCCUCUCCCUCCAAAGUCAUGAGAAUGAAUGCCUGUUCACUGACCCCAGGGGACCUGCCUCUUCAAAAAUGGGUGCUUUGGGUCACAAUGGGGACAAGGCCAAGUCCAUCAGGGUGAAGAAUUACCGAGGUGCACGUCCCAUUGACCAGGUUGGGAUGGCACGGUGGCACAGCAAUGAUUUACUAAACAAGUCUCCAGUGUGCCGGGCACUGUGUCAGACCUCAGGGAUGCCGUGAUGAAUAAGCCAUUGUCUUAGUCGGCUCGGGCCAGCAUAACACCACCACAGGCUGGGAGCUUUAAUGACAGACAUGCAUUUCUCACAGUCCGGGAGGCUGGCAGUCCAAGAUCAGGGUGCUGGCAGAGUCUUUUCCUGGUGAGGGCUCGGUUCCUGGCUUGCAGACGACCACCCUUUCUCGGGGUUUUCACGUGGUGGGAGGGCGGGAAGGAGUGGGGGAGAAGUAAAAGAGAGAGAAAGGACCUGGUCUCUGUCUUCCUCUUCUUAGACACUAAUCUCACCAGGCGAACCUCACUCUCACGACUUCACUUAAACCUAAUUCUUAAUUGCCUCCCAAAGGCUCCAUCUCCAGAUGCCACCACAUUGAGGGUAGGGCGUCAACAUAUAAAUUUGCGGAGACACAAUGCAGGCCAUAGCAGUCACAGACCCCGCCCUUGAGGAGCUCCUGGGCCUUUGUGGAAACCCAUUUUGAUACACAGCUUGGAACAAUCUCUACGGUCAACUCUUCAACAAAUCGUUCCCAGCCCCAGCUCUGUCAGCAAGGCGUUCUUAUUCACCAUCUCAUGGGGCCGGUGAUUGCAGCCGGAAGUGCCCAUGACCGAACUGGCGUCCUCCGGGGACAGGUCCCCUGUGGGGGACGGGGAGGAGGGCCUGGGGGACGAUCGAGGCCUGGUCAUCCACCACCCUGCGGAGGAGCAGCCGCACCGCUGCCCACUGUGCGGCCAGACCUUCUCGCAGCAGCCCAGCCUGGUGCGGCACCAGAAGGCGCAUGCCGGAGUGGGCCGCGCGGCCGCCUUCGUGUGCCCCGAGUGCGGCAAGGCCUUCAGCGUCAAGCACAACCUCGAGGUGCAUCAGCGCACCCACACGGGCGAGCGGCCCUUCCCCUGCCCCGAGUGCGGGCGCUGCUUCAGCCUCAAGCAGAACCUGCUCACGCACCAGCGUAUCCACAGCGGCGAGAAGCCGCACCAGUGCGCGCAGUGCGGCCGCUGCUUCCGCGAGCCGCGCUUCCUGCUCAACCACCAGCGCACCCACGCGCGCAUGCCCGCGCCGCACCCGCGCCGCCCCGGCGUCUUCGGGGAGCGGAGGCCCUACUUCUGCGCCCGUUGCGGCAAGAGCUUCGCGCGCGAAGGCUCGCUCAAGACCCACCAGCGCAGCCACGGCCACGGGCCCGAGGGCCAGGCGGCCCAUUUAGGCCGCGUGCUCUGAUGCGCGCUGGACCUGCUGCCUCCGGCUGUUUUCUGCCCCAGAGCCGCAUCCGUGACCUCUGGAGAUGGCGCUGGGCUUCGGCCCCCUCUCUGGCUGGGAUCCCGGGAGACUGGGAGGGCUGGCUUGGGGUCUCAAAGGAGUGGGCCGCCUCCUUCCGCUCCUUCCCCAGGACCCUCUGGCUGGCUGCACACGGCUGCUUUGGGCCCCUGCGUUGGUUUUCCUCCGCAGGCCCACCCAGCUUAGAGCAGAUGAGGACUUUACAGGACCUCUGGGCUGUGCGCAAGGCACAUCUGACACAGUGACUAGGAAUGGGGCCCUGGGCCAGUGCCCCGGCAUGAGGACACGUCCCCUAAGAAGACCUACCUCGGGAGGUGCCAGCAGAGGGACACAUGGAGCCUGGAAUUGGAGGCAGGUUCUGCGCCCUGGUGGAGAAACUCCCCGGACCUGCUGGGAGUCACAGCCGCAGAAGAGCUCGUGCUGACUGCCUGGCUGUGAACCUCCGCUCUCCCGUGGCAGCAGGGACGGUGCCUGUGUGGGACGCCUGCUUCCCUGCUCCCGCCUGGCCCACCAGAGACGGGAGGUGAACCGCCUAGGAGGACACAGCAAGUUGGUAGCAGACUCGGCUCCAGAAACAAGACCUUCCCCCGGGCGUGCACAUACCUGCAGGCUUCACUCCUUUCAGAGCAACGUUCUUAACACUUUUGGGGUCGUGAAGCCCUCUGACAAGAUGGCAAAGGUUAUGAACCUUCUCCCCAGGAAGACACAGAUAGUCACGUAGAUGCAAGAAUCUACGAGCAAUCCCAGGAGCUCCUGGACUUCAGGCCGAGAUCCUUGGCCCCGGGACUAACCCGCCACUCCUUCCUUACCUGACACAGAGCCCCGGGUCAGGGCCUCCAUUCGAGUAGCAUUUCAUCCCCUGCCCUCCCCAACCCCUGCCCUUCCUUCCCUUGUUCAGGAAUAAAGAAUUCUGAGGA